UCCCCAGUGUGAAAGAGACGCCGUUCAACUUGAAGAUUACGCUCUCAGAACAAACACUGUCCAGACUAUUUGUGCUGUUUCCCAAAUAUGACUUGGGGAGUGAGCCAACAGAUAAAGAAGACAUUUAUUUUUGUUUGUGAGCCUCCAUCAAACAAUGGGGAGGUCCGUGGAGGCCACGGUGUCAUUGCACCCCUGUGGCUUUGCACGCUGUCUCUCUCUGCCACCGUUCAAAGCCUAGGAGAAGGCUUUUGAAAGCAAAUCAAGAAAUUGCUUAUCAAUCUGAAGCCGCAAAGAAUUAUGAGCGCUCCUCACUGCCAAAGGGAAGGGGAUUUUGAGCGAAGACUCCACAUCUGCGCGCUCUGAGUUCAAAGAAUCCAGCUGUUGGACAGCCUUGCGAGCUCUAGCCAAAGAUGUUUAUCUUGCUCUAUGUCACAAGUUUUGCCAUCUGCGCAAGUGGACAACCUCGGGGCAAUCAGGUCAAAGGAGACAGCUACUCCCCAAGAUACAUCUGCAGCAUCCCUGGCUUGCCUGGGCCUCCUGGGCCCCCUGGAGCAAACGGAUCCCCAGGGCCCCACGGUCGCAUCGGCCUUCCAGGAAGAGAUGGUAGAGAUGGCCGGAAAGGAGAGAAAGGUGAAAAGGGAACCGCAGGUCUGAGAGGCAAGACUGGACCCCUGGGUCUUGCUGGUGAGAAAGGGGACCAAGGAGAGACUGGGAAGAAAGGACCCAUGGGACCAGAGGGAGAGAAAGGAGAAGUGGGUCCAGCUGGGCCUCCUGGACCAAAGGGAGACCGAGGAGACCAAGGGGACCCAGGGCUGCCUGGAGUUUGCCGAUGUGGCAGCAUCGUGCUCAAAUCCGCCUUUUCAGUUGGCAUCACGACCAGCUACCCUGAAGAAAGAAUACCUAUUAUAUUUAACAAGGUGCUCUUCAAUGAGGGUGAGCAUUACAACCCCGCGACAGGGAAGUUCAUCUGCGCCUUCCCAGGAAUUUACUACUUUUCUUAUGAUAUCACGUUGGCCAAUAAGCACCUGGCCAUCGGGCUGGUGCACAAUGGGCAGUACCGGAUAAAGACCUUCGACGCCAACACAGGGAACCAUGACGUGGCUUCAGGGUCCACCGUCAUCUAUCUACAGCCGGAAGAUGAAGUCUGGCUGGAGAUCUUCUUCACGGACCAGAACGGCCUCUUCUCAGACCCGGGCUGGGCAGACAGCUUGUUCUCUGGAUUUCUCCUCUACGUUGACACGGAUUACCUGGAUUCCAUAUCAGAAGAUGAUGAACUGUGAUCUGCACGGCUGACCUGAAAGUUCCCAGGUCACCACGGCUGAUACCUUGAUUUCAUCUGGGUUACUGGAAGGUGGAGCGAGCAGCAAGGAGUUCCAAAGAGACUCCUACGCAGAUUCCAGGGCAUUUGCAGACAGUUCCGGCAGAAUUUAUCAAAACAAGAUAAACCACCACACAGCUAACACCACACCAACACGAGCUAUCUACAAUAACUCCAGAUAUGAAUUCUCUUGAAAGUCAUGUUCAUAAAUAUUUAAACAAAUUAAAGACAAUAUUAAUAAAAUUUUAUUAAAUGCCCAUUGUGAUAAAAUCAUCUGGUGAUGAUAUUGUCCCAUUAAAAAUUCAUAAAAUCACAUUUUGUCUGUUAUUUAAGACAAACAUAACAUCCCAGGCAGGGUUUGACAGUUCUCAAAAGGCUAUAUAUAAGGGACUGGGGUUAUAGCUCAGUUGGUAGAGUGCUUGCCUAGCAUGCAAAAAAACCCUGGAUUCAAUCCCCAGCACUACCAAAAAAAAAUAAGUAAAUAAAGAAGGCUCUAUAUAAUAGAUCAAAAAAUAAAGGUAAGAAGUGCUGAGCAUUUUCAAUCAAACUAAAGUGAUAAGUGUCUUUUAUGACUUAGUUCUUUGUGCUGGUGUAUAUUCACUCAACAACUCAUUGGUGAGUCUGUGUGGACCAGACACCAUGGCGCUGAGUCAGAUGGAUUACUGAGUUAGGACACAAGCCUGACCUUCAUCAGGUAGUGUGUGGGGAGCACACUGUCACGACUCAGUGCUAUGGUUGAUUCAAUGCUAGAGCUACGCAGGACCUGCUCUUCCUGGAAUUGGGGACCAGAGAAGAUUUUACACACAGGAAAACAGUAGGCAUACCAAGGUGUAUUUAAAUAGGUGUGCUGGGUGGAGAGAAAAUGAGGAAUUCAGUAUUGGCUUACUCCCGCUCCCUCAAAACAUGGUAUUUUCAACUGGGAAGGCAUGAAAAUCCUAAAGAUAGAAUGGAGACCUGGAAGGGGUAAUGGAAAUGAAGAUGAAAAUGGAGAGAAUCAGCCGGUAGGUCAUUCUCCCAAACCUUUCAACACCAUGUCUCCUAAAUCAUACAUCGGUCCCAACAGCAUUCUCACAAAUAAGGCCGCUGCUUUAUAUCACGCUAGUGAAGCCAGAAUUGAGGGCAGGCGGUUAGUGUAGAAACAGGGAAUCUGGUCAAAUUGAGGAAUGGAGGCCAUCAGGCUGGGAAGUUGGAGACUGACCCUGGGAGAUUGGAAUGUCAGAGUCUCCAGAGCCCCUCAAGAUUACCUGCCUAACUGCCCCUCCCAAGAAGUUGCAGGCUGGGAGUUGCUAAUUAAUGUCCCCUGGGUACCCACCUGCCUGAAUCCUCCCUGUGGCCCUUCCCCCUGCCAUCUGCUUCUCAUCUUUUUUGUCAGGCCAUCUCCUGGGCCUAGUCAUGAAGACAGGAAGGAGAGAGAUAAGUGGGGAGAGAACAAGAGAACAAAAGAGACCCUAAUCUCUAAAAGAUGUAAGUUGUGCUCACUUCUCAGGACUCUAGAACAUCAGCCAUGGCCCCUUUCUCCCUCCCAGGAGAAAUCUGUUUUAUUAUCUUUAAAUAAAACCUGCUUAAUAUGCUUGACUUGGCGUGCUUCUCUAAUGUUCAAACUUCAACAUUUGAGGAAGCAGAACUCGUCACCAGUAAAUGGCGGUAUCACUAGCAAGUGGCUUCUUCUGCAUUUCUAAGUCUUGUAUUCAAAUGAGGCAAAGCCUGUAUCCACUGAUCCCUGAGUGCUAGCUGAUCCACAAGUGAGCUGAUCAGAGAAUGGACAGGAGGAGGCAGGAGAGCUAUCAAAAGAAUAAAUAGCUGUCUCCUCCAAGUCCCCUGGUCCCACUUCUUAUUGCCCACUGAACUGCCAUUCGUCAGCUGAUCUCUUCUGUGGUUCUUCUCAUGUCCUGCUCCCUUGGUUUAUAGCAGUCGUGUUCCCUUAGGCUUUUCCUUUCGGUAUCUUCUAGCUCCUUCUAUGUAUUCCUUUCUUCGCUUGCUAAUGUAAUAAACAUUUCAAUGCCUGGCCUGCCUGAACCACGUCCCCUCCUUUGUGAAGACAGAGGAACACCAAGAUCACUGCCCCUGCCGUCAGAUCUCCAAGGGCACAGGGAUGCAUGCAUAAAAUCAUCUAUAAGUCUGGAAAAGAACACCCUAAAACCUGCUAAGAGUUAGACUGGGGAUAGAGACAGACGCUGUAAAUGAAGAUGAAACAUUUACUUCCAAUUGUGAGGUGACAGGAGAGGGCCAAGGAGACCUCUGCCCACUGGGCCUUGGGGGAUGCUUGGACUUGGAGUGAACCAAGUGAGAGGAAAGACAGCAAUGUGGACAAAGCACAAGGUGACCACAGAGACCCAAGACAGGCAUUGAUGGACACUGUUCGUAAGAGUCCCAAAGGCCAGCCUGAAGAGAGAGAGUGAAGAUCUGCAUGUUCCAGAACUGGGUGCGACCCUUACCAGAGGUGAGACUUAUAAUGAUCGAUAGGUUUGACUCCCCCUUAUUUUAGGUCUAUCUAGUCCCCAUACUCUGUCCACUUGUUGCUCUCCUGAGUCAGACAAUAGUCCCAGGAGUCCCAGAGCAAUGAGGAUUAGACCAGGAGGAAAAAGCAAAAGUGGUUUGAGAUAAUCAACUGCCCACGCAUUAUAGCUGAAACCAGAAUUCCCGGAAAUAAAGUACAAACAACAAAAGCUAUCUAAUCUGGGAAAUAGGAAAUUUAGGCCAUUUCAGGACAAUAGAAUUUGCUGGAGAAAGUAGAAAUGGAGAUGUCAAGCAGACAGUCAUGACCCAUGAGAUUGUUGUGUAAAUUUUUUCUGAGCAUGAUCUACAAAUGCAUUUAUUUUUGGACAUUGUUUACUUAUCUUGUAAAUACUGUUCAUUUCAAAGCCUAUUUUGAGUAGCAUUUUAAACAAAGUUUCUCUUAUUAGUCUUGUGGCCUCA